AUGGGCUCCAACAAACCUCGUGGACUUCAAGCCGCUCGUAAGCUUCGCAAUGACCGCCGUGUAAACCGAUGGGCGGAUAAGGCGUAUAAGAAACGCGCCCUCGGUAACGUUUACAAAACCUCUCCUACUGGAGGAUCAUCACACGCAAAGGGCAUCGUCCUAGAGAAAGUUGGUGUCGAAGCCAAACAGCCCAACUCUGCCAUCCGUAAAUGUGUCCGUGUACAACUUAUCAAGAACGGCAAAAAGGUCACGGCUUUCGUACCUAAUGACGGUUGCUUGAACUUUGUCGAUGAGAACGAUGAAGUUCUUAUCUCUGGUUUUGGCCGUAGUGGCAAGGCCAAAGGUGAUAUUCCUGGUGUGCGCUUCAAAGUAGUGAAGGUUUCUGGGGUCGGUCUCCUCGCGUUGUGGAAAGAGAAGAAGGAAAAACCCCGGUCAUAA